GAAGCAAACAACCCGAGUUCUCUUGGCUUUGCGCUCAUCCAUGACUCAUCUGGUAGCUGAUGGAAGAGAAGGUCUCUGUAAAGCCCAACAUGGUGUCCAGGCUGCCUAAAUUUGGUGUGCGUGCUUCCGGUGGUCUUCCUGCCCCUAAUAGUUCUACUCAGACUGGGCCCAUCCAUGAAGCUAAGGCCACAUCCUCUGUGAAGCCCAAUGGAAUUGUCCGUACCUCCUCCUUCAAAUGGAGGAAGGAGUCGGGAAGCCCCACCACACCUCCAAGCCCAGAGGAGAGCAGUGCGCUUGGGGAGAAAGGAGAAAGUCGACAUCUGAGCUCCACAGGAACCAGGGAAUUGAAGAAACCCUCCACACCCACCACAAAAGUACGCAGGUCGGCCUCUUCUGUCUCAUCAGGCAGCCCCAAAGUGGCUCCUAAAUUGACCAAAUCCAUCGCCAGCCCUAAAACAGUACCCAAAUUCAGCCAAUCCCCAGCUUCCCAGAACCAAGACCCAGCCCAGGCUCUCAGCACAUUCAAACCAAGCCAGAAUGGAGUUGGGUUGAUGGGAGCAUCAGGCCGGUCUGGCUCUGGGCUCCUGAGACCUAGAGCUAACUCUGGCUCUCAACGAAGCAGCUCCAGGGACAGUCUGUCACAGUCCAGCGAUAGCCUCAAGUCAGUCGCUCAGGAAAACAUGGUGCGCUCCCAGAGCUUCACUCAUUUUAAACAGCUGCCAUCACCCACUACGGCACGUAUGACUCGUUCUUUCUCUUUUAACAAGGCUGUGGAGCUGGCCAAGCCGCUAGCCGACACCCAGCUACGCCCUCCGCGCACAACUGGACUCAAACCUCCACAGUCUUUCAACGGGGACAGACUUGGGCUUGGAUCUGGGGCGCUGGGAAAGGGGCUCACUGACCAGGCCACUCAAGUGACCCCCUCCUCGGCGUGCCCUACGCCCCUUAGUGGACUUAAGAAAGCCCUUCUUCCAAGCUGUGUGUUGAAUAAAUCCUCCAGUCUGGGAUACAGAUUGACACGUACAUCUGCAGCCAAACCACAGCGCCCUCUCCUGGCUGGAAAGACACAUGAGGAGGAGAGCGGUGACCGGGCAGAGACAGACAUCAUAACACCGCCCCUCACCCCUGAGCCAAUCCCCUGCUGUACAGAGGUUAAUAAAAAGAAGUCAUCAGCAUCAGCCAGUGAUUCAGAGUCCCAUUCUGGGAUGCCAGAGCCUUAUGUGAGCGUUCAUCAUCCAGGCGAAGGUCAGGAGGACAUGUCUCUUUCCUCUGCCUCUUCGCUGGAGAGAAAUGACACAAGCGAGGAGUUCCUCGAUGACUUUGACAAUCUUGGAGACCAAUCACAUGACAUCUUGCCUCACAAUGUACAGCACAAGGUCACACCCACUCAGACACGGCUACGUAGCUUUCUGAAUGAGACCAUGGACUGGGCCAGUAUUGGCCUGCUAGAUGGAAAGGCUCCUUUUGGAGGCCGCGGCCACUGUAAUGCUUCAGUCUUGUCCCCAGAAGUGGACUUUCCCCCAGGCUCUUCUCUGGAGCUCUCACCCUCUAACAGCUCUGGUGGAACGUACAUGUGGGAUGAGGAGGGUCUAGAACCCAUGGGUCCAGAUUCCCAGCACUGUGACAGCUAUGAUUCAGAUAUCAACAGCAUGGACAUUCUUAAUAACCUGGGUAAUCUGGGGUCAGGAGACCUUGAAGAUGAUGACCUUAUGUUAGAUGUAGAUCUUCCUGAGGAUGGAUCCUUACACAGUGAUGGAAUGGCCCAUUUCGAUCUUUCUGAGAGGGGGGGACGGCAGGGCCACUGGAGGAGAAGGCAACAUCGAUGGUCUGGUCCUGACAACUUUCACAAUGACAGCAGGUCUGCGGUAUCCCACGGCUAUGAGUCGCAUCGUGGUGGCUCUAGGCCUUUAAGGGCGGACAGCCACACUGUUGUUCUGGAUGAGCUAACACUCAGACACAUGGCACAGGACUGCUCCUCUGUCAAAUCCCAGCUACUGAAAUUAAAGAGCCUGCUCCAGCUGGAUGACAGUGGCGUGAUCCAGGACACAGAGGAUUCUAGUGAAGACAAUAGCACGUCCUCACAGCUGGAGGACUUGAUGAGAGAGGUGGCAGAUCUCAGGGAAGAGUUGAGAAACAAAGACAAAAUUAUUGCCAACCUCAAACACAAACAAGUACAACAACAGCAACAGUCGCCUGUAAGGUGUCAGUGCCAGCAGAGGUCGCCAGCAGUCAGAGGGGAGAGAAGGGCGCAACAUGACAAAGCCACUCAGACACCAUGGCGAGGCCAUGCUGUGAGUACUUCACUCCUGUUAGAAUGUCAUCCAGUGUUAGAGCUAUGUUGCCCGUUCCUCUCCUCUCUCACUGGCAGUGUCAGUACCAGGGGCCUCCCCGUGCCAGCAUGCCCCAACGCCAACAGACCUCAAAUACUACAGCCUUACAUCCACACCCACAACGAGCUCCACACCCAGGGAAAACUAGCAAAACUGGUCCCCACAGGGGUCCACAGUGAGCUCUCUGUGGUUCCUAUGGCGUGUAAAGCACCAUAUCCGCCCAGCGUGGAGGCUUCAGUCACCUCCCAGAGCUCACAGCCCUUACCAGACCCUGAGGAACUCAGUAUACUGCUCAGCACACACCUCCGUAUCUAUGACAACCAUGAGAAUCUUGGACACGCACAAGAAGUGUCUGUCAAAGAAAAACCCGCCCCCAAACUUCUGUCCAGACCAGGGGAUGAAACUGAGAGGGCAUCACCAGAAAUUCCCCAUGCCUCGCCUAAAGCCCCUCAUUCUCUUACCCAAUUCACUCCUCGAGUUCUUCAGGCUCCUCGGCUACACAAGAGGGUAUUUCUCCCUGCCCUACCACUAGGGGAAGCCAGCGGGGCUUGGGUGGAGGGUAAGUCCAUGUUGAAGCCUGGGUCAACAGCGAAUCACAAGCCCAGACAGUUGCCUCCACCUUCCAGGGGUCUGCCUUGCUUCAGUGCUGGCUCUCCGCCUGUAAUCUUGGCUCCAACGCGAUCUCUGCUGCCCAGGUCAAGGCCUUUAGUGGGAAGCAGAGAGCUCAAUGUUGGGGAAAAAGUAAGAAACUAAGAUGCCAAUGGUCCACAUCACUGUCAGUACUGACUUCCCUAAGCCAAAGAUCUACUGAACACUAAAGACGCGCAAAGAUAUGGGCUUAUCUCCUGCACACACACACACACACACACACACACACACACACACACACACACACAUUUUACUUUUUGCACUGAGUUGAGUGUUGAGACUCCUCUUCACUGAGCGUGUUCAGCAUGAACUCUGUAGAAUUAGUCUCUAUUUCCCUAUGCAGAAACGUACUUACACAGUCUUAGCUUCCCUCUCAGGAGCUCACUGUCAAACUAGUCCUUUUUCUACAAGGACAAACACUCACUUCAUCCCACUCCAUCACCAUGGAAGGUCCCAUUACUGCCCGUCAUCCUGUCCCCCCAGCGCAGGGCCACACCAUUCAUAUCACUGACCCGCGAACACAGCCAUCUGUUUGUCCUUCUUGAAGAGGGAGAGAUAGAGUGGAAAACAAGAGUGGCAGAGAAUGGAGAGAGUGGGGAGAGUGAUAGAGAUUGGGCAGAGUUGCUCUCUUCAUAUUAACCCUUUUAGAGCAGAAUGCUCUGUGCCUCUGCAGCACUGGCACUCACCUCUAUCUUUGACUUCA